AUGGUGUAUGUCAGUGUAGGGACAGACUUCCUGUUUACCAUGGUGUGUGUUGGAGUAGGUACAGACUUCCUGUUUACCAUGGUGUAUGUCAGUGUGGGGACAUACUUCCUGUUUACCAUGGUGUGUGUCAGUGUAGGUACAGACUUCCUGUUUACCAUGGUGUGUGUUGGAGUAGGUACAGACUUCCUGUUUGCCAUGGUGGUGUUUCAGUCUAAUGCAAAUGUGCCAAUUGAUAAAAUUGUUAAAGAACAGGAAAAAUACAUUCCUGCCGAGUGCCUGGACAGGAAUCAAACCCUGGUCUCCAGCGUGAGACAGGAAUCAAACCCUGGUUUCCGGUGUGAUAAGUCACAGCUUGACAUAGAGGAACACCAGGUUGUUAGUGACAUAGAGGAACACCAGGUUGUUAGUAACAUAGAGGAACACCAGGUUGUUAGUAACAUAGAGGAACACCAGGUUGUUAGUAACAUUGAGGAACAUCAGGUUGUUAGUACCAUAGAGGAACACCAGGUUGUUUGUAACAUUGAGGAACACCAGGUUGUUAGUAACUUAAAGGAACACCAGGUUGUUAGUGACAUAGAGAAACACCAGGUUGUUAGUGACAUAGAGGAACACCAGGUUGUUAGUAACAUUGAGGAACACCAGGUUGUUAGUGACAUAGAGGAACACCAGGUUGUUAGUGACAUAGAGGAACACCAGGUUGUUAGUAACAUAGAGGAACACCAGGUUGUUAGUAACAUAGAGGAACACCAGGUUGUUAGUAACAUAGAGGAACACCAGGUUGUUAGUAACAUAGAGGAACACCAGGUUGUUAAGGAACACCAGGUUGUUAGUAACAUAGAGGAACACCAUGUUGUUAGUGACAUAGAGGAACACCAGGGUGUAAAUGGCAUAGAGAAACACCAGGUUGUAAGUAACAUAGAGGAACACCAGGUUGUAAGUAACAUAGAGGAACACCAGGUUGUUAGUAUCACAGAGGAACACCAGGGUGUAAAUGGCAUAGAGGAACACCAGGUUGUAAGUAACAUAGAGGAACACCAGGUUGUUAGUAACAUAGAGGAACACCAGGUUGUUAGUGACAUAGAGGAACACCAGGUUGUUAGUGACAUAGAGGAACACCAGGUUGUUAGUGACAUAGAGGAACACCAGGUUGUUAGUAACAUAGAGGAACACCUGGUUGUUAGUAACAUAGAGGAACACCAGGUUGUUAGUGACAUAGAGGAACACCAGGUUGUUAGUGACAUAGAGAAACACCAGGUUGUUAGUGACAUAGAGGAACACCAGGUUGUUAGUAACAUUGAGGAACACCAGGUUGUUAGUGACAUAGAGGAACACCAGGUUGUUAGUGACAUAGAGGAACACCAGGUUGUUAAUAACAGAGGAACACCAGAGGAACACCAGGUUGUUAGUAACAUAGAGGAACACCAGGUUGUUAGUAACAUAGAGGAACACCAGGUUUUUAGUGACAUAGAAGAACACCAGGUUGUUAGUAACUUAAAGGAACACCAGGUUGUUAGUGACAUAGAGAAACACCAGGUUGUUAGUAACAUUGAGGAACACCAGGUUGUUUGUAACAUAGAGGAACACCAGGUUGUUAGUAACAUAGAGGAACACCAGGUUUUUAGUGACAUAGAAGAACACCAGGUUGUUAGUAACUUAGAGGAACACCAGGUUGUUAGUAACAUAGAGGAACACCAGGUUGUUAGUAACUUAAAGGAACACCAGGUUGUUAGUGACAUAGAGAAACACCAGGUUGUUAGUAACAUAGAGGAACACCAGGUUGUUUGUAACAUUGAGGAACACCAGGUUGCUAGUAACAUAGAGGAACACCAGGUUGUUAUUAACAUAGAGAAACGCCAGGUUGUUUGUAACAUAGAGGAACACCAGGUUGUUAGUAACCUAGAGGAUCAUCAGGUUGUUUGUAACACAGAGGAACACCAGGUUGUUUGUAACAUAGAGGAACACCAGGUUGUAAGUAACAUAGAGGAACACCAGGUUGUUAGUAACAUAGAGGAACACCAGGUUGUUAGUGACAUAGAGGAACACCAGGUUGUUAGUAUCACAGAGGAACACCAGGUUGUUAGUAACAUAGAAGAACACCAGGUUGUUAGUAACAUAGAGGAACACCAGGGUGUAAAUGGCAUAGAGGAACACCAGGUUUUUAGUACCAUAGAGGAACACCAGGUUGUUAGUAACAUAGAGGAACACCAGGUUGUUAGUGACAUAGAGGAACACCAGGUUGUUAGUAACAUAGAGGAAUACCAGGUUGUUAGUAACAUCGAGGAACACCAGGUUGUUAGUGACAUAGAGGAACACCAGGUUGUUAGUAACAUAGAGGAACACCAGAUUGUUAGUAACAUUGAGGAACACCAGGUUGUUAGUAACAUUGAGGAACACCAGGUUGUUAGUGACAUAGAGGAACACCAGGUUGUUAGUAACAUAGAGGAACACCAGGUUGUUAGUGACAUAGAGGAACACCAGGUUGUUAGUAACAUUGAGGAACACCAGGUUGUUUGUAACAUAGAGGAACACCAGGUUGUUAGUAACAUUGAGGAACACCAGGUUGUUAGUAACAUUGAGGAACACCAGGUUGUUAGUGACAUAGAGGAACACCAGGUUGUUAGUAACAUAGAGGAACACCUGGUUGUUUGUAACAUAGAGGAACACCCGGUUGUUAGUGACAUAGAGGAACACCAGGUUGUUAGUAACAUAGAGGAACACCAGGUUGUUAGUAAUAUAGAGGAACACCAGGUUGUUAGUAACAUAGAGGAACACCAGGUUGUUAGUGACAUAGAGGAACACCAGGUUGUUUGUAACAUUGAGGAACAUCAGGUUGUUAGUGACAUAGAGGAACACCAGGUUGUUAGUAACAUUGAUGAACAUCAGGUUGUUAGUAACAUAGAGGAACACCAGGUUGUUAGUAACAUAGAGGAACACCAGGUUGUUUGUAACAUAGAGGAACACCCAGAGGAACACCAGGUUGUUUGUAACAUUGAGGAACACCAGGUUGUUAGUGACAUAGAGGAACACCAGGUUGUUAGUGACAUAGAGGAACACCAGGUUGUUAGUAACAUAGAGGAACACCAGGUUGUUAGUAACAUAGAGGAACACCAGGUUGUUAGUAACAUUGAUGAACAUCAGGUUGUUAGUGACAUAGAGGAACACCAGGUUGUUAGUGACAUAGAGGAACACCAGGUUGUUAGUAACAUAGAGGAACACCAGGUUGUUAGUAACAUUGAGGAACACCAGGUUGUUAGUGACAUAGAGGAACACCAGGUUGUUAGUAACAUAGAGGAACACCAGGUUGUUAGUAACAUAGAGGAACACCAGGUUGUUAGUAACAUAGAGGAACACCAGGUUGUUAGUAACAUAGAGGAACACCAGGUUGUUAGUAACAUUGAUGAACAUCAGGUUGUUAGUAACAUAGAGGAACACCAGGUUGUUAGUGACAUAGAGGAACACCAGGUUGUUAGUGACAUAGAGGAACACCAGGUUGUUAGUAACAUAGAGGAACACCAGGUUGUUAGUGACAUAGAGGAACACAAGGUUGUUGGUAACAUUGAUGAACAUCAGGUUGUUAGUAACAUAGAGGAACACUAG